GAAAAAAAGUAGCGAGAUUGCAAGUGGAUAAUAUAAUUCGGGAUUCAAUUGUGAUAUUUUUGCCGUAAAAGUCCUUUCGGAUCCGAUUACUUUCGGUUAUACGGAUGAAGAAGCGAAAAGUGCAUUCGGUAGCGUACUGAUCGUAAAGAUAUUAACACUAAAAUUGCCUUAAUUUUGCGACCCGUCUGUGAAGUGGAUUAUGGCCUUAGCAGCCAGAAAGACACCAACGAAAAUUUAUGAUAUCCAGGCGCACAAUAGUAAGGUUACAUGUUUGGACAUUGGAGAAACCGGGCGGGUCCUGGUCACUGGAGGACAGGAUCGAAAUGUCAACUUGUGGACGUUUGGCAGCAAGGAUUGUUUUAUGUCCCUCGCCGGUCACAACGCACCGGUUGAUUGUGUCAAGUUUGCCUAUUCCGACGAUCAGGUCUAUUCGGCGGAUGACACAGGUGUGAUUAAACGUUGGGACCUGCACUCGGGUUCUGAGUAUGCUACGUUUUUUGGGCACAUGAAAACCGUCCGUACGUUGGACUACCAUCCGUACAGUGAUUACGUGGUUUCUGGCAGUCACGAUACCUCGAUACGGCUAUGGGAUGUACGACAGAGUGUGUGCAUCAAGAGGUACAGGGGACACAUUUCGCACGUCAAUUCGGUUAAGUUUUCCCCGGACGGCCUAUGGAUCGCUUCAGCUGGCACUGAGGGUAGCGUGAUAAUAUGGGAUAUACGGAAGAGUCAACAGUUUAUGGAAUUUACCGAACGAGAAUCGCCGGCGAUCUGUGUUCAGUAUCAUCCGUCUGAUCUGCUGAUGGCUGCCGGGAGGAACGAUGGAAGUGUCGAUUUGUACGAUUUGGAGAAGAAGCAGUUGAUUUCGAGGGCCGAUAAGACGCACUCGAAGGGCCAUACAGUGAAGUGUAUUGCGUUUGAUGAAGGUGGAUCAUGUUUGUUCGUGGGUACCGCUGCCGGGGUUUCCGUGGUUGGAUGGGAGCCAGAUCAGGAGUAUGACCAUUUUGACUCAACAUGGACUUUGCUGGGAGAUAUGAUAACGGCUGGCAAAAAACUAAUUUGUGGCACAUACGAGAAUAGAAAUGUUUCAAUACAUGCGUUAAAUCUAACUCAAGUGAAACCAUUCUUUAAUCCUCAAAAUCAGCCAUUUAAUCACCAGCAAAGCUCUAGGAAAAGUUUUAGUCGUGGCAGUGGUAAAGUGCGGUUGUCAGUUGGUGAGCGGUCUAUUUCUGGAGAUGCAAUUGAAGACGGCACAAAUGGAGGCAUGUCUCCAAAUCUUAGCAUUGAAAUGAUUGACGAAGAAGAGGCCGCGGUUGUAUCCGUGCAGAAAGGUUUCGAUUUUAGUCACCGAAACGGUAACGGUACUGGAAGUUAUGAAUCCUUUACACCAACACCCGUCGUAUCAGCGGUACCGACCGUAGCUCAACCGUCUGGUUCUUUAUCUACCAACAAUUAUCUGGUCCAGGAAGAGAUGAAAAUGUACAAUAUCACCACGUCCACAGGAUACUCAAGCGAUCUGGACUACUAUCCUUGUAAGAACAACUCUUCCGACGCUGAGAAAGAAGAUUUUCCUGUGAAAAAUGCUCAACCACCAGAUUAUGCUCCAAAACUCACUAGCAUUAGUACGACCAGUGCCACUAGCACUACUUCUCUAUCAAAAACUUCCGUUGUAAGGCAAAAAAACGAAACGACCAACAACAACAUACAGCAAAGACGUCCUUCUCAACCAAAUAUUGCCUUCGCCAGAAAUGCGACCAACAGCAACUUAACCAGGCGGUUGGCAAACUCCAGAAGUACGCUCGAGCUGCAUAAACUGUCACAGGAAGAACAGGUCACCUUCAAGAAACCUAUUAGUCGCGGUAGUUCUCCUAUCAGGAACAACACUGCUUUGAGUAGUAAAAUACGCAAGAGCGAGAGUGCUGCACAAAUCAACAACAUGAAGAACGGCACCAACCGGCACAGCGUUGCACACAAUGCUCACAUCAAGGUGGAUAUUGUAACCAAACCAGUUCGAUCGAAAACAUCUCUAGAUAUGCGUCAACGGAAUAAUAACGUCGAUAGCAGUGCUACGAUGAGCCGCGCAGGAAUCAUACAUCAAAGUAAUGGUAACACGAUGCUAGGCACUGUUAGUGGUCACAGUUUAGCCCACAUGGGCAUUGCCGAUAAUGGUGGUUGUAGCAGUUUGGAAAGGGACUCAUUAAUGAUGCCUCCGCCUUCGGUACCGCUUAUGUCAUCGAUUCCAACCGUUGCUCAUCAACACCAUCCUCCACUCAUUCGAUUUUCGCACGAUGGUAAACCCUUUGGUAGUGGCAGUGCUGUUGGCGGGAUGAGUUCAAAUGAGGAAUACGAAAUACAGUCGCUUAUGAAUGAACACGAUAGUGUCUUCCAUGCUCUCUGUAAUCGAGCUGCACUACUGGGGAGCAUACGAAAAUACACGGAGCAAGGGGAGGUUAGCGGAGCGCUUAAGGUAGCCAUCAGGAUGAAUGAUCCGCACGUGUUGGUCGAUUUUCUUGGGGCGAUGUUAGAAAAAUCUUCACAAAUUACGUUAGACAUGUGUGUUAUGUUAUUGCCAAAGCUCUACGAUCUACUGCGGAGCGAAUACAGAUUCCAUUGUGCCCGAGCCUGCGAUGCGUUGCACUUUAUUCUGGACACGUUUUUGACGGUGAUUCACGAAAACACCAGUCCGUAUGGCGCCUGCACUAUCGGAGUGGACGUUAGCAGAGAGGAACGCGUUAGAAAAUGUAUGGAGUGCAAAACGUGGCUGCUGAGAAUCCGAACCCUGCCAGAGAAUCCCAACUUCGGAACGAAACUGCAGCAGCUGCGAAACAUGAUGGUAGAUCUGUGAGGUGAGCGAUGGUUUUUUUGUAAUUUUAAUUUAUUCAAAUUUGAUUGUUAGUCCUAUCGUGUUCGUCUUGUCAAAGAGUUUUAAACUCAACGUUCACAGUUGAGCAAAGGACAUUGAGAAUAUACGCUGUACACCUAACGGUCAGCGGCAUCACUAAAUAAAAUUAACUGCUAACGUCACUAAUUUAUUGAACCACAGAGCGAGCGAAAUUGUAUAAUUGAAAUUUUUUAAACCUUUUGUUUUUAUCUUAGAAAUAGCAGACGUAAUAAUUUUAUUUUAAACCUAACGCAUUGAUGCGAAAAUACACGUUUACUUCGAUGCAAAUUAAUAAUAAGACUGAGCUUUUUAACAGAUGAUAAAACGACAAAAAUACCCUAAUGAAAAUAAAAAUUAGUAUAGUAAAUUUGCAUCACCUACGACACAGCUAAAAAUGUAUUGGCAAGAAUCGUGUAGAGCACGCAAAAUUUAUGGUACUGUAAGCAGCUGCAAGGUAUGAAAAAAUAAUGACUAACAAAUUUAAGCCGAAUAAUUCUAGAGCUCAAUUCCAAAUAUGAUAGCAAAUGGCAUUGGAUACUAAACAAACAAAUAACAGGAAAUGGUGAUUUUUCUUAGUGCUUAAAAGGCGAAACUUAAAAAUGUGAUUAACCAUCAUCAUCUUCCUUCCGUAUUGGUUCCGCCUCUGUUGAUGUUCGUCUUUGUUGCUUCAUGUCGUAGCUGUAAAUUGUGUUAACAAAUUAAAAAUUGCAUUUAUAACAUCAUUAAAGUCACCACCAUUAACACAAGUAUGAAUAGCAGAACUGAUCUUUCAAAUUAUCAAACCAGCAGUAUCCCGUUGAAAUAUUUGAUCUUGUCCAGUAUUACGACCUUCCACAAUCAUCAAAAGUAGUAUCCAUCGAACUAACAUUACAUUAUUCUUGAAAUUUUUGUUUCAAAGCUAGUUAGUGAUGACGCUGUUUCGAGGACUAUGAUCUCUAAUUUUAAUAUCGACCCUGAAAAUUUGAGAACAUUUUUCACAAAUGUGUAAAAUUUUCGUCUCUGAAAAUGAUCAAUGCAAUUACAGAUAGGCGCACGUAGCGCGCCUCGCGAAAUUUUGAUGGGUAAGAAUUAUGGACAUGCUGGAAUAGUUUGAGUUGAACUGAGAGCAUGAAACGAUCUACGGUUUGUGUUCGUAUUUGUUAUCUAAAACUUAAAUUAGUUAUGGAAUUUGUGUUUUGACUUCAUAUCAUCAGAAUCCGACACUAAUUUAGUGCCAGGACCAAGCUAGCGCCGGCUUGACACCAGCUUCAAAAACAGAAACACUAUUUGUUUUUUUUGGACAAAAUUUUAAACUUGUCUUCGUGGGAAUGAGCAAAACUCUCAAAAUAUCUCUUCAUUUAGUAAGAAAAUAGGAAAUAAAGAUAUAUAUCCUUUCUUUUCUACUGUGUAUUAUGAGCGUUAGCAAAACAGCGAGCUUAAACGGGAUGAAAGAUAAACUUAUCAACUCAUUUUCCGACGGAGCGGAAGAUUUUGUAUUUUUGUUUAUCCAGAGAAUUUGUGCGAAUGUUGUUACCUUUUCAUGUAAAACUUUGAUUUCUUUAUUUCCGGAGUUGUACAAUUUAUGAAUGUUUUACUCAUCAUGCUUGCAAAACAGAUAUGUCGGAUACGAUGAGCGCGCAGGUAUGCAUUCUGGAGGUUUGGUGUCUGGCAAAGAUUUCUGAGUGGGAUUGGGCUUAUUCUACUAACUUUCGUUUUUAAUAAGAUAAAACUGAUCUAGCUCACGUUCUAGCAAAAAACUUUCUCCAACAACUUGUUUAUUUUGAUAUGUUUGACAUAUUGUUGAGAGGCAUAUUUAUUAUACAACCUGUGUAGAUUUCGUUUUUUUUAUACAGAAUGUUCCUAAACAUAAAAUAUCACAGUAUUUACAAGCAUACAUCUAUGGGAAAUAAUAUAUCAUCAUCAAAUCUUUCUACAUAAACAAUAUUAAAUCCAACUUAGAAAGGUUGGUUUUGAAUUUUUCGUGUUUCAGUCGUCAGUAACUGACACCAAAUUGGGGUCAUUUAGACAAUACAUUCAAACUAACACCAAAUGGGCGCCAGUUAGACACUAAGGCUUUCUCGUCCGCAAACCAGAGCAUCUGAGCAUGGCUAACCGAGACAUUAUUCGGGACCAGCCAGUUGCUCUAGGUAUACUUAUAUGUUGUGUGAACUGCUUGGAUUCUGUGUCCAACUUGUGUCAAUUUGAUAUUAGUUUGAAUUUCAAGUCUAACUGGCCUGUGUUAAGCCAAAGAGGACCAAGCGCCAUUUGGAGGUACCUUCCUAAAAAUCGCUAUCGCAGCUAAUGUAGCACUAUAAACACCUACAUCAAUUUAUUUAUGAGAACUCAAAUAGUAAUCGAUAGUACCUAUAGCCAAAUAAGUACCCUUAGACUUUCUAUGAUAAUGGUAAAUAAUCGAAAAAAUAUUUUUUUCAUUAAAAACAUCAGGAAAAAAAUAUGGCGCUCAGUUCGCUUUGGCUUAACGCAGGUCAACUGGUCCCAAGAUGGUGUCAGUUACUGGCGAGUGAAAUACAAAAUAUUAAGAUACAACUUUGAUUAUGAUUUUUUUAAUCGUGAAAAGAGAAAAGGAGCAAUCCGAGACUUUUUUGCAUAUUGAAAGUUGAAAUAAAUGAAAUUUGUGUUCUUUCACAUGAAAUGUCUAGUUUGAAUUAUACAAUUUAAUGAUAUGUUAACAUAUAUCAUUAAAUUUUAUCUUUGUUACUAGUUACAACUUUUUUUUAAUAUAGGGGGUAACCUUAGAGUCAUUCGCCUCUUUUCUGGUUAGAGAAAUCUCCUUGGAAACAUCUCUAACCCUAUGUGCGGGGUUGGGAAUCGAACCCAGGUGAGCUGCGUAGAAAGCAAUCGAUUUACCAACUACGCUAUGCUCGUCCCUGGUACAAUUUUACCAUUAUUCUACUUUAUUUAACAUAUUUCACUAUUAUUUAUAUUUCCGAAAAUUUGAUUAUUAAGGCAGUAAAACAUUGUAAAAAUUCAUUGUUACAAGUAUUUUCAUGAAAUAUUAAAAUUUACAGAAGAAAGUUUUUUUUUUAAACUAAGAAGCUUCUGCCAAAAGAUAGAACUGAUCUGGAUUAGUUUAAACUUAUCUAGAUCAGAGAUAAAGUGGUCAAAAUAUAGCUCAAUUUUAUCUAAGAUGUUUUGUCAAAGACACCAAACCUCCAUUAUGUAUACGCAGAGCACAAGAGACUUUCGCAGUCGACGUUGGCUUUCUUUUUACAAAAAGCGCCAUCUACAUAGGUUAUGAAGUAUAGGUAUCUUUGCAGAAUAUGCCUAACAUAUAAAAACAAACAACUUCAAAGAAGAAAACGAAAAAAACUUGUUAAUUAAAAAUCCAUUUUAAGAGUAUUUUUCAUAUAUUGCUAUACAGCGCCAUCUACCUACAGUUUGGAGUAUAAUGCCUUCAGAGCAUAUAAAAAUAUCAAAACGAACAACUUUGCUGAACAAACUGUUUUUUAUGAUGCUCUCAUAACAAUAUAACUAAUCUAGAUUAAUUCUAGUUAUUUAGGCAGAAAGUAGGCAGCUUCUUGGAGAUCACUUGUCUCUCCACCGUAGUAAGGGAAUUGUGCUCAGCCCAAGUUGCCUGCUCUGAUUCCACGUCGGUACUCUUGAAAUUUGUUGCGCUACGUGUAGCGGAUGUCCUUCGGAACCAUGUUCCGAUAUCCGAUGCCGAGAUCAAGAAGGGAACCGUGGGAAAUCAGACAUCGCGCACCCAUGCGUCUGGUGUGUACUCGAAGAAGGGGUCGAUGUUCAUUUUGAGAUCCAAGAUGUUGACUUCCAGUUUAACAAAUGAACCGCUAUAAACCAAUCAAUACAUUUUAGUAAUUGUUUUGAAAAGUAGGUGUUGUAGGUCGACGUUUUUCGGCUUUUUGAAAUUCAAUAUGGCGACUUCCGAUAUAACGAAAUUUUGUAACCCAAUCAAUAUAAAUAUUUUCGGAAUGGUUUUGUAGGUGCUAGAGGUCGAUGUUUAACGUAUUUUUUUUACUCAUAUUGAUUUAGUUUUAGUGAAUUCAGCCAUACCGGAAUUCGCCAUCAUGGAUUUUAAAACUGCGUUAAAUAUCGAUCUUUGAUACCUAAUCGUCAAAACCAUUCCGAAAAUACCCAUAUUGAUUGGUUUAUAGCGAAUUUCGUUAAACCGGAAGCCGCCAUCUUGGAUUUCAUAUUGGCGUCAAAAAUUUAGUUUCGUUGAUUCCAAAUUUUUUCUAAGUCAAAUUUUGUUCUCACAGGAACCGUAUUUAUUGAAAAAUUCACGAAAAACCGCGUUAAUAGGGAAUUCCACGUAUAAAACCUGAUUGUGACAGGAGAGAAAAUUUGCUACUAUAUUAAUAGUUAUAGUAACUCAACACUUGACUUUUCAACGGAAACCGAUAUUAACCGGUUGUGCGAAAUAUGCUCGUCAAUAUUAGAAAGACUUUCGUAUAUUUCAUCGAACAAUUCAAAAUAAGCCUACGAUUUCGUAGUACGGCUCUGAUGUGGAUCGGUAACGCACCGAAUUGUGCAUGUGAUGUUUGUGCUGUAGGUCCCGUAUUUGUUGACUCUUACGACAGAGAUGUUUCGUGUCAGCUUGUCAAACCAUCGUUGGUGUACGAUAUAGGUGGAAGAGGGCACUUCUGAGAAUUUUAUGAAAAUAAACGAGGCAGUUGAAUCUGUAUAUUGUUGGUUUUUAGGAAGGUGUGAACGAGGGACGUAAAGAGGAGGUCGCGACUUACUAGUCCAUCUUUAACCGGGACAUUGGGUGUACUUCCUCGGGCCCGAAGUUGAGAUCUAGCACAAACAUAUUCCGCACAUGCCCAGAUAAUAUGUUCGAUAUCGUGAUAACCGUCGCCACAAGCACAGAUUCGCGAGCCAAAAAGUUGAAGAUGAGCGUCUAACGUGUAAUGAAUGGACAUGAGCCGAGACAUCACACGAAUGAAAUCCCGACCCACAUCCAUUCCUCUAAACCAAGGUUUCAUUGAUACGCUCGGGAUGAUAAAAUGUGGUCGCCGUCUUAACUCUCCAUUACUCCACGAUGUCUGCCAACUUUCAACGGUCCUUUCCUGAGAGAUAUUGAAAAAAAUCAUUAAAGCAGUUUGGCCUCUCGUGGAUGUCACCUUCAAAAGCACCCGCCUUAGCUAAAGAGACCGUGUGUUCAUAAUGCGAGGGGACCCAAACUAAGGUAAUCUAUUAUGAUCUUACAAUGUAAACUGAAGCAGGAUCAUUGAGUUUGAAUGAGGCGGUAAGGUUUUUAUUGAAUAUACCGAAGCCAAUGGACAAUCGUCAGUGUAAAACAACUUGUUGUAGUCGACUUCUCGAAAUUUGCUAUGAAAGGUGCUUGGGAUCACUUGCGGACAUAUGUGAAGCGGGAUUCCACGAAUUUCAUUUUUCAUGGAUGUGUCGAAGAAUACAGUUGCCAUGUAAUCAAUCUACAAUGCCAUAAAUCGGCUCCAGGAGUUGGGCUUGACAAGCCUCUCGAAAUUUGCAAUUACUAAUGGGUUCAAGAUAUCGCAUCGUAUGGCCAAUCGAUAUGAGAGGGACGAAAAUCGAUUUUUCAGCGGAAGAACGCCCGCCAGCUCUUCCAUACUUAUCGCAUAGGUCGAGCGCAUGCAACCCAAAGCAAAACGCAAACAACAAUACUAGAUUCGCUCCAGUUUGACAGCUUUGAGACUUGUUAUAGAGGCCACACCAUCAUUUGCAAGCUGCUUUAACGUUCAGGGAUCGACCAGACAUUCACAUUCACAUAACAAUUGUAGAGAAGGGGGGCAUGAGCCCUGGAGAAGACCCACGUAGAUCAUCCGUGAUGUCGAUAGAUCACCAUGCUAAAAAUGCAUGUGUUUUUCAGACAACAAGUUUAGCAAGUUGUUUAAAAUAGGUGAAAGACCAUGCUGGUGCAGCUUCUCAGAAAGAUUGUUGAUAAAAACUGAAUCAAAAGCCCCCUUAAUAUCCAAGAAAACUGAUGCCAUCUGCUCUCUGCCUGCAUAGGCCAUUUGAAUUUCUGUUGAGAGCAACGCAAGACAAUUAUUCGUCCCUUUGCCUUUGCGAAACCAAAUUGUGUACAUGACAGUGCAAUUAUCGAGACGAAACAAGAUAAUUUUCAAUCGGUCGAUACGAGUUGUGGUCGGAGACCUGAUUUUUGGAUAGCGAUGACCUUCACCUGCCUCCAGUCAUGAGGGACGAUGUUACCCUCAAGAAACUUCUUAAAUAAAUUCAACAACCGCUUUUUCGCAGUGUCUGGCAGAUUCUACAACAAGUUGAAUUCGGGGCUUUAUUGUUACAAGAAGAGAAUUGAGAACUCCACCAUUGGAAACGGUGUUUCUCUCGCGUUGUCGUGGGGGGACACAGCGUUGUAGAUCUUGUGUGCCGCACAGUGGCACCUGUUCAUACAAAGUUGCGAUAAAAUUAUGAAAAUUGGUCCAUGUGGCUAAAAAUUAGGGUUUUAAUUAAUUUUGGGUCGCUGAAUUCAUUUCUGCUAUAAGUUUUGAAAUUCCAUAUUUCUUUUUUUCGACCACUUCUAUAUAAACCCAUUUGAAGGUGUUGGUCGUUGGUGUACAGUAAUAUGAUAUUGUAGGCAACCAAUCUGUAAGGAGAUUUAUGAGCUACAGGGCGUCUCCAUAUGGGUAUUUUCAAAAGCAUAGAUAUAAUAACUUCGGCGCAAAAAUGCGCAAUAUGAGGCCAGAAUAUCUUGAACCUGCACUAAAUUUUGCGUCAAAUUCAUUCGCAUUUCUACCAUCGCGUACUCAACAGCAGCCUGUCGUCUCGGAAGUUCCUAUACGCGGCGGACUUCUCCGCGUACACGUCUGAAUACUUUUCGUCCCACCGUGGGUUGAGAGGUCGCCGGCUAGAGUUCGCGUCUGGUACGCGUUUAGCUUGACCCUUAAUUGUUGUAUCGAAAAUUAAGCCAGCCAGGAUCCUGUACUCGUUUUCCGGAGGACUGCGUGGACUCGAUUUUGACGGAUAUCGCAGACGAGUAGCUCUUCCAAUCAAUAUUUCAUGUGAGGUCAUACGAAACGUUGAUUGUAUUUGGUGGCCCUGAACCGUUGGCAAUAAUAAUUGGGGAUCAGGGACUACCUUCCACAUGCAAUCUAACCGCAGCGAUGUCGAUUAGAGGGACAAGUCUAUCGCGCUCGGACGCUCUGGAGGGGCAGGAAUCCGUGUCAUUUUACCCGUGUUCAAAAUGGUCACAUUGAAGUUCUCGCAAAGCGCAUAGAGUGAGGUAUAUCGAUUGUCAUCAUGAAAGAAACCUCAUGCCGUACCGUGAGAGUUAAAAUCCCCUAAAGCUAACCUCGGUGCGUGGACGAGUUGUGCAAUAUCGCAAAGCCGUUCGUGGCUGAGGCUCUAGUAGGAAUGUAUGUGGAAGCAAUGACUUUAAUUCUGGUUUGCCAGGCGACAAAUUAAAUACCUGGUGUCGAAGGGAUGCAUGCCAGUGCAUCGUAUUGCAAAUUAUUUAUUACAUUUUCUAAAGAAUCGAUUUUCGAGAGAAUGCUUCUGCAAUUCCUCUGUAGAAUAGUGAUCAGAUCCGUGACCUCGUUCGAUGAUUUAGCCAUCGAAGGAUACAAUCGCUGAAAGAAGGGGCCAUUUUGCAGUGAACUGCAUCAAAAAUGUUUUUUAUUGCUGGGAGAAAGCUUAUCAAGAUGCUUUUGAGAGGGUUAGAAUUACCUAAAGCUGUAUAAAUAUGGUACACAAUCUCGGAGAAAAUUAUUAGGCCAGCGCUGACUGACAUAUGGGAACAGUUGGGGUUUUUGAUGUUCCAGGAAGUGCUGGGAACUCUUUUUCUGAGCUCAGGUUUCUGAGACCGCAAGCGAUUUGCUUCGGGUUUUCACCAGUAUUUCCGCGAGUAGUUAUUUUUGGGGGACCUUGAAGAGACACCUUCUGGCUUUUGCAACGAAACUUAUGAGAAGAAAUGUUCCUUUUAGUCCUAUUGCUUCUAAGCACAACAGAAGAUGUGCCCACCUGGGGUUCAUCACAGUCGCCUUAAUCAGUAGAUAAGUUAAUAUAGAUAUAGAGACCGGUUCUGUCUUUAGCAUUUCUGCAAACGAUCGCUUAGAGCGUCCCUGAAGGGAACGCUUGAGAUUCUCCUCGCGCUGUUUGUACGCGGGACAUGUCCGGAGAGAGUUUCCCCCACAAUAGAGACACUUUUCAACUUCCCUUCCACAGGAAUUAUCCACAUGAUUCCCACCGCAUUUUCCACACCGAAAUUUGCUUGCAAUUUGGGCAGUUCAUAACCCGCGAAACACAAAUACGGACAGGUAGACGAACCUUGUCAAAGAGGAGGUAGUUGUGUAGGACGGAUCCGGUGAAGGUUGCCCGAUAGAAGUCUGAGCUGACAUGUGUUCUCUGUCUAUCAGCUGUGACUGAUGCUGAAUGCAAACGUUUGCACUCUAGUAUCUUCACUGGCUGAGCAUGAGGUCUUUAAAACAGUCAACCCCAUGUGUCAGUAGAUGCGCGCAAUUCAAAAUCGAAUCGGAAAUGAUUCAGCUUGAUAAACUUUUGGAAAGGCCGUUAGACUUUUGCAAAAUUUUGGCGACUUCGAGUGUAGGUCUGUGGUUCCACUGAAGACCAGGGAUUUUGUGUUACCUCGAGGAAAAUCAAUAUAAGAUUUUGGAGCAAAUAUAACCGAUCCAAAUGUAUCCUCGUGAUGACUCGAUUUGGCAUCGUUCUCCGCAUCCCCGGCUGACGUAUUCAACAACUUGGAGUAUUGGCGGUGGUUUAAAAUCAUCUAAAAUUUAUCUCGUGAAAGUAUUGAAGGUGGUCGUUUCUCUGCUAUGCUUAUUUCAAUAAAGUAAUCAGAUUAUCUUAUUGAAAUGUUGAGCGCGACUACUUCAAAACGUAAAUGUCAUGGAUUGUUCUUUCAAAUGCUACCAAAGUUUUCACCAUUAAAUCUAAUUUCAUGCAAUUUAUUCAAAUAUUUAAGUAUUCUAAUUUUUUAACUGCCAGGGUCCAUUUAUCGUUUAUCCGUAUGUGGUCAAAUCAAACAGCGAAAUCAUUAAUUAGUUACCAGUGUCCGACAAUGUGUAAAAAUCCUAAAAACAACAUACAUCUCCUCCAUACUAACCACAAGUCGUACAAAACCUAUUAGUUCGAAUUAACCAGAAGUACAUGCAGAUCUGUAAGACGCAUAGACAAAUGCCCGUUUUACAAUAGGAAUAAUGUGAAAACGCAACACAAGAUGUUUACGUUCUCUACCGGUACCGUAUAUAGUUAUUAAGCUUUGUUGAUCCUUAGUCCAUUCCGCCAUCCAAUGAAGAAUAAUUUUACAUGACAGUAGUUAAGUGGAAUCAGGUUUCAGUUUUUAUGCAUAAAGAAGUGGCUUAUGAUUUACUCAAACAACAUAGUGGUAAGGCAUCUAACUGUUAACUGUUAGGUGCGAUCGAUGAAAAAACCGGACUUUUGGUAUAUUGUGUAUUGAGCUGAGCUCUGAAAUAUUGACAACCUUGAAUAUAUUUGAAAGUAAAAAAUUAGUUGCAUUCACUUGUUUAUCCAAGGCAGCGUAAGCAUUCAGUCGUUUGAUAAAUAUUUAAUUUUACCAACUAAAUGCAGAUUGGAGAUUACAAAUACAUAUCGCUACCCUGUGUCAUGUAUGAGUAAAUUAUACAGUUCAACUAUGUGCAAUAUACGGAUUUUAUUAUUUCUCAAACUGACAAUAUUGGCUCUUGAUAAUCAACAGACAUGUACAUUGUACAUCUUACAAAAUAGUAGUUUUAGACUUCCACAGCGUUACUGCCCUUCGAGAAAAACCUGUACAUAUAUGCACCUACACAUCAAAUUAAAAUCAUCCAAUCACUCAUGCAUGAUUAAGAUACUACAACACCGCGUAAGCGAAGCAGUGAUCCUCACUCCAAAGUAAUUCAUAACAAAAACUAACAUCAUUAUAAUAUAAUACUGCAGCAUAACCUAAAGUAUCAGACAAAAGUGCCUUGAGAAGAAAAUUUAAUCGACAACAAAAAACCAUAUAACAACGAUAGGUUAGCCAAAAUAAAAAAGCAACUAAUGAAAGACAAGCGAAAGUCUAGUGAGAUAAGCGAGAAUGAAUGUGUGGAGAUGCGUUGUGGAUCGCGAGAAAGAGAGAAAAAGAAACUACAAACUAAUCGCAACUUUGGGGUCGACUAAAAGUACUAAAAUGGUGAAAGUUGCAAACAAGUGAAUAUCUAAAAUCGGCAGCGAAAGGGAUACAUACGAACCAUGUUUCAAAAUAACUGUUACUUUAUAUAAAGUGAAAUUGAAGCAAAGAUAAUAUUUCCUAUUGUACACACUAAAACUCAU